UGCCCGUGGGUUGGACCUGCUUUGACAGUUGAGUGCUGUGGUUGUGUCCAGAGAGCGGUGCAGGCGCAGAACUGACCACUCGGAGCUGCCAAGAUCCUAAACAAACAUCUAAGUGGACUUUGUGCUGUUUUUCAUAUCAGUGUUCUUCCUCUGGCACGACUUCCAGUAGGCUACAACGCUAGCUUAGCUUAGCAUGUCAUCUUGACAAGAACGGAGCUAAAGUUCAGCGCUGUUUGCUGUGUGAUGUGGGACUGACAGCGCAUUUGGCGGAGUUUGUGCGGAGAGAAGACACUGUUACUGUGUGGAAAAUGGCUAAAGUCCAGGCGCUGAGAUUUUUUGUCAACCAGAGACUGACUGCAGCUGCUGAGGAGAUUUUUGAGCUGUUUGAAAGAACGAUAGCAGAAUACGAGGAGCAACUUAGUCGGUCUAAAGAGGAAAACGAGCGAAAACAAAAACUUCUGGACGAUGUUUUCAAUCAUCAGCUUAAUUUACACGGAGCAGACGUCCAGCAGCUGUCGGUGAGUAAAGAAGAGGUCCUCCCUGAGCAGCAGGAGUGGAUCCCCAGCCUCGACAAGGAGGUAGUUGAACCUCCACUCAUUAAAGAGGAAGAGGAGGAAUUGUGGCAUUGUCAGGAGGAGCAGGAGGAGCCGUACACCACCAAGUUCCCCUUUGCUCCUGUCCCGGUGAAGGGUGAUUAUGAUGAAGAGAAACUUCAGUCCUCACAGCUUCAUCUAAUACUAACUGAACAGAUGGAAACAGGAGCUGAUGGGGAGGGCUGUGGAGGACCAGAACAGGCCUGGAACUCAGAAUAUGACAGACAUUUACAUCCAGAGACUCAGGGCAAUCAUGUCGACUCUUCUGAAGCUGAGACUGAAGUCAAUAUCGACUGGAGGAGGAUGAAAGAACAUCAGUCAAGUUCAAGCUAUUUGGAAACCUUUAAAGAAAAGAGUCAAUACACGGAUGAGAAAACACAUAGAUGCUACGAGUGUGGUAAUACAUUUAAAACUAAACGGAAUCUCAUACAUCACAUUAGAAUUCACACAGGAGAGAAACCCUUCAGCUGCUCUAAGUGUGAUAAAAAAUUUAGCAAAAAAGUGACAUUAACUACACACAUGUUAGUUCACACUGAAGAGAAACUCUUCAGCUGCUCUGAAUGUGGUCAGAAAUUUAAACACAAGUCAAAUCGAAACAGACACAUGCUGCUCCACACGGGGGAGAAACCCUUCGGCUGCCUCCAUUGUGGUUUAAAAUAUUCCCAAAAGACUGAUCUGACACGCCACCUGGCACGUCACAGAGGGGAGAAACCCUUCGGCUGCAAGGUUUGCAACCAAAGAUUCUCUUGGUCUUCCCAGUUAAGGAGACACAGGUGUGUUUUAGAUCAGGCUUAAGAGCUUCACUGAAGCCAGACAGAGGAGAAUCAGAGACAUGAGUUGAUGGGGUGAACUGUCAUGGUACCAGAACCGGUCUGAAUUUCAAAUCCAUAGACCAGUGUUACUCAACCCUCCUUGACUAAAGAGCCAAGUUUUUGAAAAAUAAAUUCCCAAGAGCCGCAAUCUACGUGGUGAAAGGUGGCAAAAUGUUCACAAAGUGACAAAAAAGAGUGAAAAGGGGCAAAAUGGGCAUAAAAUUGCACAAACUGAGUAACUAGAGUAAUCCUCUGAAGAGACACAAAAACUCACACAGGGGGAAAACAGUAAAUUGCAGUGAUUGCAGUAAAAAUAGUAAUAUUAUGGGAUUAUGUAAAAGUGUUGGAAGAAAGCAAUAAAUUAAAUACUUGAAGUAACCACAUGGGGGCUCUGUACUUUAAAACUUUAAUAUGACUUUUUUAACCUUUCAGCCGUCUUAAAAGCCACCAUCGCUCAUCCAUAUUAUUAGUGUACAUUGUGUUUUGUAUCAGUGUUUGUAAGCUUCCCUGUAGAAAUGUUCCUUUCCAAAAGAACCUGUCUGACAAAGUGAAGUUGGCUAAAAGGUCUCCAACACAUCAUUGCGCCAUGUAAAGAAAUUCAAGAACAGAUGAGAAACUACGUCAUUGUCAUCUAUAAGUCUGGAAAGGGUUACAAACGCAUGUACAAAGCCUCGGGACUCCUGUGAACCACAGUGAGAGAGAAGAUCUUUAUUAUAUUAUUCUAUUUCAGUGUUGCUCAACGCAGCUCAACCAAAGAGCCAAAUUGUUGAAAAAUACCUUUGCAAGCACCACAAUCUAAGAGG